AUGAAAAUAUUCUGGCUUAGACCAUGUGCUGGUGAUUCACUAUAAUCAACAAUGGUUUAUCAGAAAUAAAAAUAGAAGACCAUUAAAUAAAUUUCAACUCCUUAAAGAGAAUCAACAAAAUUUCCAUCUCAUUUGAGUUUUGAAAAAGCAAAAACUAUAAUUGAAAAGUAAACAUAAAAGUAAUUACAAGUGUAAAUAAUAAAAUCUUAAGUGAUUAAGUUAGGACUCUUUUGAAUACUCCUGUCAAAAAUUGGAUGUAACUUCACAAUAAUUUAAAUAAUUUAGAAAAAUGUUAUGAUUUUUUUAACAUUAAAGUUAAUUCUCUGUUUUAAUAAUUAGUUGACUAAAUAUUUAAAAAAUAAAAUGAAAAUUAUUAGAUAAAAACACUAAUUAUAACUCUUGAUUAUUAUAUGAAUAUCUAAACAUUUUUAUUGUUUUUAUAUUGGAGAUUACUCAGAAAUAGUGAAGAUUUAGUAUUAAUAGAAAAGACAUUAUAUUAGAUAAUUAAAAUUAAAUACAUUUGUUUAAAUGUAGAUUUUUUAAUGGAACAUUUUAUUCAUUUUUUAUUUGAUAAUAGAAUUAAAUUGAGAUAAGUAAAACCUUAUGAAAUCAUUCCAAAUCCAUUGAUAGGACAUGAAGAAAUGGAUUUAUUUUAAAUUGAUCCUACAGUAUUAAGUAAUGCUAUAACAGAAAUCAAUGAAGAGUUUUACUCCUUUUUAUAAUUUGAUAAUUUACUUACCAAUCUAGAUAAUGGAAAAUAGAGUUAAUUCUUAUCUGAAUAUUUUGAUAGAAUAAAUUCUUUUUCUUUAUACAUUUAAGCAUCUAUAUUGUAAAAGAAAGAUAGAAAAAAAGCCAUCGAUUACUUUUAUGAAGUGUGUUUAGAACUAUGUAAAAAUGAAGAUGGUGAAGGAGUAUUUUUAUUAUUUACUUUAAGUAUUGAACGAUUAGAUUAAGAUUUAUUACAUACUAUUUAAUAUAUUAGUCCAAUCUAAUAAUAGAUAUUGAUUGACAUGACUAAAACAUUUGUUUGCAAUAAACAUAUUUAUACACCUACAAAUACUAAAAAGCUUUAUCCUAUCCCAUCUUUUUAUCAUUUUUGGACACAUCUUAAGAAAUUAGAAUAGGCUGCUUAACAAAGUAAAAAUUUAAAGUAUAUUGAUUAAAUUCGAAUUAUGCUUUUAGAUUUGAUGUUUAUUCGUUAAUCUAAUUAUUCAAGAUUACUAUAUAGAAAAAUAUAAAGUGAUCCUCUUUUAAAAUAUUUCUUACUUAAAGGACAUCAAACUGAAUUAUCAUAAAUUUUAGAAAUUCCAAUAGGAAAUUGGAAUUAAAUGUAAUUAAAAUUAAUGAAAAUGGCAUCAAUUUGA